AUGACCACGACUUUGGAAGCGCAGCUCUUAGACAAGUUGCAAGUGAUGGACGACACUAAAGACAACGCCCAGCAGCCGGCGAACCAGGAGGAAACCGCCUUGACACUUUGUGAAUCCAAUAUUAAGGCACCGUCACCGCCUCCUACCGUUAGUGUUGCCAAGACCUCCGCUCCCGAACCCGAGUUCUACAACAAAGCACAGAAGUACUGGUCCGAGGUACCGGCAACUGUAAACGGGAUGCUCGGUGGCCUGGGCUACAUCAGUGCCAUUGACAUCCAGGGCUCCAACGUGUUCCUGCGUGAGAUACGCGUGCCGGGUAACAAGUUGGCCCUGGACUGCGGCGCUGGAAUCGGGCGGGUGACCCGGAACCUUUUGAUCCCGCGCUUCAGCUGCGUCGACCUCGUUGAGCAGGAUGCCGCCUUCGCGGAAAAGGCUCGCGAGUACUGUGGCACUGAAGACGUGGGCCCCGGAAAGGUAGGUCAGAUCUACAACGUAGGACUACAGAAGUUCGCUCCCUCCCAGCAGUACGACCUGAUCUGGAGCCAGUGGGUGCUGGGGCAUCUCACGGAUCGCGACCUUGUUGCCUUCUUCCGGCGCAUCAAGCAGGGUCUGGCGCCGGGAGCCUUCUUCUGCCUGAAAGAAAACGUUAGCAGCUCCAAGCAGGCGAUACUGGACAAGGAGGACUCCUCAGUCACCAGGCCUCUGGACAGCUAUGAGCGUUUUAUUAAAGAAGCCGGAUUUCGUAUAGUGCGGAAGGUCAAGCAACAGAACUUUCCUAAGGGACUCUUUCCGGUCUAUAUGAUAGCCUGCAAGCCCGUUUCUAAAGUUUAG